UAUGAGGCGAUGCCCUUGCGUGUGAAAGCGUUUGCAGCCGUUUCUAAACAGCCACGGAGAGAUUUCACUUCUGAUGAGAGAUUAGGAGAAGGAGGAGGAGGAGGAGAAGGAGGAGGAGGAGGAGGAGUGACCAUCAUCAGGCAAAAACGGUCUUUUUUUUAUGGAAAGCAUGACUAUGAUGAAAGGAGGAAGAGGAGGAGAGAAGUGGAGUGAGCCCUUCCUGGCCGAAGACAGGAUUUAAUUAGACGCUUGAAGAAUAAGUGACUUCUGUGGUCAGGAGGUGAUGGCAGUGCUGACUGAGCUUCACCACCACUACUACCCAUUCCUAACGAUGGACAGCCUCCUCCUGCACGCCUGAGCCUACACACAGGGCUGCCUCCUUCCCCUCCUGUCCUUCUACCUCUCCUUGCUCAUUCCCCACCUCAUCCUCCACUCUCCUCACCCAGCUGCCACUUCCCUGCAUCUCUCCUCCCGUCUCUAAUUCAAUCCAAUUCCCCCCACGUGUAAUUUCAUUGUUUCUCUACCGUCUUACUUUACUAUGGCGUGUUGUGGGCGUUCUCUGGACUCCCCAUGCACACUAGCCUUGCUGGUGGGCUUCCAGUUUGCCUUUGUGCUCUAUUUCUCCCUCGGAGGCUUCAAAGGCCUGGUGUCUGUACUAGUACACACCACAGAGCCGGAAUUUGAUUACUCUCGGCCCCACGAUGUCUACACCAACCUCAGUCAUCUGGGAGUGCCGCCUCCCCCACCUCGCAACUCUGGCACUGGACCCCCUGCCACUGGACCACCACUGAGAGACUGUCAGAUCCCCUCGCCGCUGCUCGUUGGACCUGUGUCUGUCCAUCUUUCUUCUCCUAUGUCAAUGGAGGAUAUCAGACAGAGGAACCCAUUAGUGAUGCCAGGUGGACGCUACCGGCCUCCAGACUGUGAACCCCGCCACCACACUGCGAUAGUAGUACCGUAUCGGAACCGGCAGACCCACCUCCGUGCCCUCCUCUAUCACCUCCACCCCUUCCUGCAGAGGCAGCAGAUUCACUACAGCAUCUAUAUAGUACAGCAGUGGGGGAAUGGUACUUUCAACCGUGCCAAGCUGCUGAACGUUGGUGUGCGGGAGGCCCUCAGAGAUGAAGACUGGAGCUGCAUCUUCCUGCACGAUGUUGACCUGCUGCCUGAGAACGACCACAACACCUACACCUGCCACAAACAGUUUCCCACACACCUGUCUGUGGCCAUGGACAAGUUCAGAUACAGGCUGCCGUACCCACAGUAUUUUGGUGGGGUGUCUGCACUGACCCCAGACCAGUACAUGAAGAUGAAUGGCUUCCCUAACCAGUACUGGGGCUGGGGCGGGGAGGAUGAUGACAUCGCUGCCAGAGUGCGUCUCUCUGGCAUGAAGAUCGUGCGCCCUCCAGUGGCCAUUGGUCAUUACAAAAUGAUCAAGCAUAGAGGAGACCGAGGCAAUGAGCAAAACCCACGCAGAUUUGACCUCCUGAAAAGGACAAGACUCAACUGGCGCUCUGACGGCCUCAACUCUCUGACUUACAAGCUCCUUUCCAAAGAGCUGGAGCCCCUCUAUACCAACCUCACUGUCAACAUUGGAGAGGAUCCCCGUCUACCCCCAGGGAAAAUACCCAUUCCAGUCAAAACAACAACCCCUGCCCACCAACGUAGCACCAGCAAGACUGAAGGUACAGCCAACCAGGAGCAGAGGCACGAGAGCAAAGGGGCUAUGGCGGCAAAUAUCACUGUGGCCAAGUCGGAUGGUGUAAAGACAAAACCUGCGCAGUCAAAGGCUGCAAAUCAAACAACACAGGAGAAAACAGGUGUGAUGAAAUAGAAUGAAGUGCAUAGUAACAGGACUGCAUCUUAUAUGUAGCAUAAAGUGGCUUCUCAUUUCACUUUGAUCAGAAAGAAGAAAUGCAGGUAAGCAAGUGUUGGCCUGUUCCUCUGGUGAACUGAACAGUACACCAGCUUUCUGUGUCAAUGCAGGAUCAAAUGAAGCAUUGGAGCAAACGAAGAAGCCACUUUGUCUACAAGGGUGCAUUCAGGAAAACGACUCAGUCGUCACCUCAGUCUAUGGUCACACACAUAACUAGACUGGGACCAGCAGACAGUGGGUGAACACCUCAGUAGUAUCCACGUAGAAUUGCAAAACAGACUAAAUGAAAACGAGACAGCAAAUAUAUAAAUUUCUGCUCUUCUCCAGACAUUGCAAGUUGUAAGCGACCCAUCUGCUGCCAGCAGACCUGCGACUUCAUCUGGUCUGCUCCCAAAAAAAACUGCUGCUGUCAGUCCACCCCCACUCCAUGGUGGGUUUGUGUUUCUGUGCCUUCUCUCUUUUAUGCGCAUUUUAUAGACUGGUAUAGUUGCUUCUAGACACUGACCUGGGGUUAAUUUUACCUCUCCUGCCCUGUGGCAAAUGUUUAAAUAGCAGGGAGGCUAAAGCUGAUUCUAGGUCAGAACAAAUAUUUGUUCCAGGACUGCCGUUUUAUAUUUGUGUGCAUUGAUCAAGCGCUGACCAACUCCAUAGUUAUCAGACAAUUUUAGAGUUUAUAUUUAUAUAGAGAGACUUCUUUAUUUGUUUACUGGUUUGUUUUACUUGUCCUUCCUUACAGUCUGGUGCCUCUCUCUCUCUGAGUUUUAGUUUCUAGACAAUCAAAUCAUACGGAAAGAUAACUCUGUGUCCAGCCACAUAACAAAGUAAGGAAAUAUUAUCAUGACUAUCUUUACGCCUGUCAGAUAACCAUACACUUAAAAAUGGCAUGAUAGUUGCAGUUGAGUUUGACUAUACUCUCGAUACAUGGACAGACCUGUGCUCCUGAUAUUAUCUGUGAUUUGAUUAUUUUUCUUUUAGAUUAGUCAGGUAUGGAAAAAGCAAACUUGCAGACAUAUUUAAGGUACAUGACUACACAUUUGCAAGUGUCAGAUUGUGUUUUAAUAUCAAAAAGUGGGCUAGUUACAAUAAAUCACUGUGUAUAGAUUUAGGUCAGCUUUUUACUAGAGGGUCUGACAUCUUCACAGAGGGUCUUUCAGUGUAUUAUGAAAGACCUGGAUGCAUUUAAGUGUAUAAAUGAGUGUCUGCCUCUCCUUGUCUUUCGUCAUUCCCUAGAACAAAGCUUUUGUGAAGAAGGAAUGUGUAUUUUGAAAGACAAUGUAAUCUUUUUUUUUUCUGAGGGCCACCAGAUUAGAACAUGCAUGAAGGUAAUUUUUAUCAACAGAUAAAUUAUCUAAAAGUCACUUACUUACUCUGAAAUUUAAUUU